AUGCUUGAGUUGAGAAAAUCAGUUGAUCAUUUAACACAAGAGGAGGUGUCCAUGAUUCAAAGAGAGAUGCAGAAGAAUACUAGCCAUUCUUUGAAUGUGAAUAUGAAUGUGAAUAUCAACACGAGAAAGUCCCCUGAGCCAUCGCCAGCCGUACAUGAUAUAAAAAAGAGAUACAGAUACAAGCAAGAGAUGGAGACGUUGAGUAAUUUCAUGCUUCGGAAUUUCUGUGCAGCUGUUCUAAUCAAGCAUAGCAAGUUGUUAGUUCCAACAGAUGAUGGUGAAUCACAGGCGCAACAACAGCAUGUUAUUACGUUGGCCGAACUUUUGAAAUUCCUUCGAACGCUGCUUGCCCGAGUGAGGGCCACCAGACAGCAAUUCAACAAAAUGUGUGUCAUGAGCAUCAAGUUCCUUGGCAUCUGCAGCAAAUCGCAAGAAAAUUACAUGAGGUUCUUGAAAUACGACGUACGGAAACUCGUCGUUACGUGUCUUUUGUUCACUUUCCCACACAAUAGCAUCUCGUUGGAACAAAACAGUCCUACAUGGGAUCAGCAAUUACUUCUGCUUUCUAGGGCCACUGGCCUUCCAAAAGAGCAGCUUCGGCACUGCUGUGAAAUCGUGGGCCCGAUUCUCAAGUCUCAAUAUCUAAAAACCCAACGUGCUGUCUUCCGGCAUGCUCACGCCCAAGCUCAAGCACAUUCGUUCGACCCCAACGACCGCACUCAAAACAGGCGCAACAAGAUGAAGUCAGGCGACUCCGUCGACAUCAGAUCCACUAAUUUCGGCACUUUCACCAACUAUUACACAAACACUGAAGACCUUGAUCCAGAUAACGACCAAGAGUUGUACUGUCUUCCAUCUGACUACGAAUCCUUCAACGAAAUGGGCAGAAAACUUGUUAACAAGAAUUUCUUGGUGAAAUAG